AUGCAAUCAGAGACUGUGAAUACACAGGAAGAAACGGCUGGAGAUUGUGCACCUCCUGCAUCCGAUGCAAGUGAUGUUUCUGUGUCGUAUGUUACAAAUACGAUUGGUGCAGAGUCACCUGCAACGCCCAUGGAAGUAGCCAUGGCAACACAUGGAGCGAAUAUCUGUAGUUUAGAAGAAAAGGAAGAACAGUCUUUAAAUUUACAGAAGCUACAAACUGAACCCAUGACGUCGUCUGAAGUAACACACGCACAGAAUGAACAGAGGAGAGAACGACAUUGGCGACGUAUGGUACACAGUGAGUUAAGGGAUCGACUAGUAGCGGAAAUGAUGGAGCAGUUGCUACGGAUAACAGGAGACCCGGAUAUUCGACAUUUGAGAAUGUGUGCGUCAAGAUACGAGUCAUUUGUGUGGAAGAAAAGUGCAAAUCAAGUACAGUACAAACAAAAGCUGGAACAUCGUAUUGAGUCACUACGUCGUCAGCCAUCGCAUGGUGAGAACGAAGAGAUGGAGGUGAUGGUUCGACUGGUUGAAGGUCAUCGACUUACUCUGAUUCGGUCUUCAACUCCAUCGUUACAAUUACAACCAGCUGUGUCUACUAUUUCGAUGGUCACACCAUCAUCUUUGGUACCGUGUCUUUAUCGUCAACACGAAAUUCAGCAAGUUGAUACAGAUUGUCCACUUUCCGAACCCCCGCAACGACACAGCAAUUCGUCAAAUACUUGCAGGUCUAGUAGCGCUAGUAGCAGCAAACGUGGAGGGAAGCGGAAAAUGCAACCGUCGUCGUGUGUAUCUUCAACAACAGACGACGCUGCAUCAGCUCUACGUGACGAGAUGUACUUUGCCAAGCUUCGAGUGAUGAAGAAUCAAUAUCGUGAUGAAGUUGCAUUGGUCUUUCGAGAACUCUGUCGUGUGAAUACAGUGAUCCAGCACUCUGCGAGUUUGCGACGCCAUGAAUCGAACAACCUUACGGACUUUCUUGCGAAUCUCAAGAAGAUAAUUUAUUUGCUCGAGCAGCAGCCGGGUGAAGCUUGCGGUAUGAUUCCAGUCCGUAAACGCGCUGUUGAGUACCUGGAUGUGGUGGAAUCUCAUAUUCAGCGAAAGGUGUUACCGAUCCUUCACCGUCUACGCCACACUUACUCAACAAUCCUGCGUCCCAUUGUGCUCAAUUACAUGAAGAAUAAUUUUCGCUUUAAUCGACGAUUCUAG